AACGCGAGAGAAAAAAUCUAGGGUCAAGAGAAACGCACAUGAGCCCACUUUUCUUUAUCGUAACGAGUCGUCCUUCGACGUCCCAACACUUAGCCGUCCUUGUCUAUCCCGAAAUAACAUUUCGUUACGAAGCAUACAUGGGCGUUUCUUCGUGCGACUGCCAGAUACGUGGGUGGUGGCAGUAGAGAAGAGAAGGAGAGCAUAGAAGCGAUCAUAUGGUAGCGCCGCCGAUGAGGCUCCCUCCAGGUCUGGCUUGUCAGUGCUUCAUGAAGUGUUGCGCCGUACUCGUGUAUAAUCCCUGACCGAGGAUGACCCUGACGAAGUUCGCGCAAUCUCAACAUUGACUUAAACGUUGACUGAAAAGCUACGGGAAAACCUACGCAAUUUCUUCCCUUAGUGAGCUUCUUUUCGCGAGAUGGAUACAACAGAAAUGACUAUAGAGUGUAUGAAGCACGAAAAGGAAGAGAAAGCUGCAAUUAUAAUAUUUGUUUCCUGAUCAAGUGCGAUGACAUUAAGGUUGGAAUGAUCAGUGUUGAAACAAUGUGGCUUGUUGUUCAAACUUCUCUUCUUUCGAGUUCUUAAUUUAGAAGAUUUCAAGCAAAUUGUAAAAAGAGCAUAAAACCAGCUAAUGCAAGCAAUAUUAACAACGAGAUAGUGAAAGGUAUUUACAGUAUCCAGCUAAUCAUUUCUGCAUAGAAGAUUGUCAUGGCAGUCGAUAAUCCGUCGUACUUCUCGCUAUCGGGCGAGACAUCGUCGUCGACGAGGACGACGACAUCCCCGACGUCGCCCAGAAGUCACAGUAGCGGCUUGUCCGCCUUUUUUCGCCGGAAAGCCUGCAAUAAGAUGGGUGCGGCUUCCUCUCAGAGUGGCAUCGUCGUCUCGGAAUCCACGUCCAGCAUGCAUCACGAAAAUCGCGGCAAUGUGUCGGGCAUGUCGACACCGACGGAGGAGCGAGUCCCGAUGCUGUCGCGAAAUGGCGCGGUUCAUCCCGGCAAGAGGAGAAGCUUCCGGAAUCUCUUUAGAUCUGUGAGCGCGAACGCGGAUCACGAGAGGACUCAGAAGUUCCUCAAGGGAGAUCCGAGACCGUCCGAUGUUGCACCGCCAUCGCCGUAUUUGCCCCAUAGAUCGCAUUCGCAUUCCGAGAGAGAUCGACAUCGCCCUGGUCGAGGCAGAAGGGUCUUGAAAUCUGCUAGCGAGCUUCUAUCCAAUGAUAUGGUUUAUUGUGGCCUAACCGGCAAUUCUAAGAAUAAUGGCAACGACGAUAACAGCAACGACGAUGACGAUUCCGCAGAGGUCUUCCUUGGUGUCGACGAUGCCAGGUAUUACAAUCUUCCGUCCACUUUUCCUGCGACUGGUUCAACAACCGCCUGUCGGAGGAGACACUCGAUAGGCACUUUUCUCGAAAAGGAAGCAGGCACAUCUACUACAACUUCUGGACGACAACAAAUAGGAGGCUGCAGGAAUUUGUUAGAAGUAGAUAUGGUAUCGGCAGCCCCAAUAUCGGUCGAUGAUAUUGAUAGUGCAUCGUGCAAUGAAGGCAAACAACCGCAUUGCAACAGAGUAAGACGGAAAAAACAUAAGAGCUCAUUUAAUAAAGGGUCGCAUUCAGCAACAGUCUUAUCGAGAGACGGGCACACAGAAGACGAUGUCCUCAUUGUCUCUAGCAAAGACAGCGAGGCUUCCAACUUGUGGGUUAAUUAUUUAACUGGAUGUUUCGAGCAAAUCAGUCGUCAACAAGGACGACCCCCGUUCAAAGUACGUCAUAUGAUGAUCGAAGAACCGAUAGCUCCAAAAAUGGAGGAGAAAAUCCGAUCGUCUCGUCUUCAAAUCAUUAUUGUGUGUCCAAUACUGCUGGAACGUAUUCAAAUUAAUUCUGAAAAUGCCGUGCAUCUCACUAGUCAUCUAGUCACCGAGAAAGUAUUGGCGAUGAUGUUGGGCGUACAAGACGAGCACAUCAAUGACACUCAUAGGUCCAGCUUGAUUUCUUUCGAUCGGUGGAGGAAGUUCUUCGUCAAAGAUCAGGAUGCGAUGUUCGUAAGUGAAUUGUUAGGCGCGGCGGUUGCCACUCUGGGCACUACACCGCCAUCAGCUCUCAGAAACGACAAAACUGCAUUUUCCGUGCAUCCGAAAAAGGUCAAAUUAGGUCAGAACAAAAUAAUCGUCUUGUUAAAUGAUCCAUUGAAUUCCGAGGAUAAUGUCUCAGUGAUUGUUGAUCGUUGUGGCGAUGCUAUCGAUAUAAGCAAUGUAAAACGAAGAAAUCCUUACGCGCUACAGUUUUCUAUUCCGGAAAGAUGUCUUGAAGUGUCCAUGUUAGUCGGCGUAAGGAUAUCUAAAAAUGGAUUUUCUCUCGGCGUUAGACAAGUCAAAUGUGAAAGCAGACUCAGAGAACUAGAUCAGAUUCUCAGAGCACACGAUAAUCCCCUCGAAUUUAUGUGCCAGACUUUUGGCUUCAGUUCUACCGAUCGGGAACAGUUGGACAACUGGAUGGUCCAUGCGUUUCAGAAAAAUAUCCCUCCCUACUUCAAUCUCUUAUCUGCUCCAAAUGGUAUGAUAACUUCCCAUAAAAAUUAUACGAGUCCAGAGGAAACUCCGACGUUGCUGCAUUUCGCUGCACGAUUUGGUCUAGAAAAACUGGCAUGGCAAUUACUAGAAUGUCCGGGUGGCGAUCUGGCAUGCGAUUUGAAGAAUGCCUCCGAUCUAACUCCAACCGAUCUCGCCGAGCAAGCCGGACAUACGAGACUGGCUCAUCAACUGCGGGGCUACAUGCAAAUGAACGAGUUCACCAACAUGUAUAGCUAUCUCAAAGUCAUAAGUCAGACGAACAACCGAUCAUCAGGGACGAAUUCAACUACGGAUGUUCUGUCAACGGUUGGGAAUGAAACCGGCAACGAAAAAGAAGAUUACUGUCGACCGAGACCUUUGAGCGAGGCGUACUUGGUACCACCGACCGCGAGACCAGUAACAACUCUGACCCCGACUCUACAAACGACAAUUGCUAAUACAUCCACGAACAAUACCUUAGCGAAUUAUUCGAUCGUACCGACGCCUACACCAGUAAUAUUACCGUCCACACCAACGACCACUGCCAUAUCGAACGGACUGGAUCUGUCUUUUCAGGGUUACAUGAAAAUGCAUUCCACCGGUUCAAAGAUACUUAACACGAGCACGACGAAUCCAUCGCAAUCCCGAACGGGUACACCUACGCAAGGCGUCCGUCAAGAGUGCCAUCAAAAUUCACCAGGAGCAAGAGAUGAAAAUUGCCAAAAAAUAUGUCAGAAUUUUUCCUACAACAGAACGUCGUCUAACAGCAGCACCAAGUCUAGAGAACCGUCAGGUCCUCAAGACGAGCUCUUGGAAAUUAUUAACGACUUCAAAAAUAACGUCUUUACAAUAUCCGAAGUAGAGAGACUCGUUGAAAACUGGCAGAAGCGAAACGAUGUACAGCAAAGUUUCAAAGAUAAACAACGGCAACUUAUGGCAAUGAGAGAGGAAUAUGACAGGAUACAAAAAAGAAUGAAAGAUGAGAUGAAGACUCCGACGCCCUUCGACAAGAUACGAAAAUUCUUCUCCAAAGGGAAGAAAGAUACAAAAGAAUCUGUUAGUACUGUUGCCGAUUCGUCUUCAAUUAAAUCUGAAAGUAUUAACAGUGGAUUAACUGAUCGCAGACCUGUUAGCAGCUUAAGUCUUCGUAGUGUUUCUAGUUCAUCCUCUUCUGGCAGAAUGAGCACUGUUAGUGGUUGCAGUGGCACUAGCUUGGGCGAUAGUGGAACCCAUUCAGAUUCCGAAGACAGAAGACUUCAAAAUGUCAGAGACGAAAAGACUGGCAUGGGCUCUUACGAGAUACCACCUGCGCCUAAACCGUUCACAGGUAGAUAUUCACCAGCGUCUGGGUAUUCCCCAUCACCGACCACCUCUAUCGCGCGUGAUCUCGAUCUCCGACAAACACAAUCACCGUCCAGGGCCAGCGACGAACAUUAUAUUGCGUUUCCACCUUCGGGUUUACCCGUUCAUGCGUUUAAAGCGGAUGGUUCUCCGAGGGAACCGGAGACACCAAGCUCGCCAUGCGAACAUCCAAGGUAUCUCGAGUUUAUUCAGAAUGUCUCGUUGGACAAAAAUCAAGAAGAAAUCGCAGCAACGAAAUACGCCGGCAACAGUUACACGAACAUCAAUCCGUCGACGUCGAAUUUUACGCCACCAGUUGCACCACCGGGAAUGUGCAUUCCAGAUUGCACGAGCAGCGAAACCGUAUCCGCCGAUUCCGUUCGCGUAAAUUGCGAAACUACGAUCACAGAACAUCGCGGUGAUGAUAUCGCCGAGGCAUGUUCCGACAUGACAAAUAUGAGACCGUCUGACAUCGAUGAGGUCGAUUCCGCGCUUAUUAUUCGAGGUCAAGAGACAACCGGAACGAAAUACGACGAGGGACACGUACUGGUGGAUUCGACGAACAUUUCGAAAAAUAUAAAUGAGGCCACCGAGACUAGAAUGCCGGAAUACAUGAACCUUGCUAUUAAUAUGGGUCAUGAAACUAUCAAGGACCUCGGCGCUAUACCAAAGAAAUUGCCUGCGCCACCCGUGCCGCCGAGAGGUACUACUAAGAAAUAGAAAACAGAAAUUGAAACACGUAAAAAAUUCAUUUACAAGUUCUCAUACGAAUUAUAUAUUGAUUCUUUCACGCAUUAAAUCAUUGACUGAAUUAUCAAUAAUAAAAAGAAAAUUAACAUUAGUCAUUUAUAUCGUCUAUCGUAACGUACUCGGUUUAAUUAUAUAUGACGUUAUAUCUAUCCACGUAAAAAGAUAAUUGUUUAGUGCAAGACAGUGGUUAUUGCUCAUAACUAUUUUUAUAAAUGCACAGUGAAUAUUUGCAAAAAUAUGCGAAGAUACAUGCAAACUUUCUCGUAUCAUAUUAUUCGUAUAAAAAAGAUGUUAAUUUGAUUAGUCUACAUGCAAAUUAAGACAUUAUAAAAUCAAUUAUAUUUCCAUUAAUUUUGGAAUGCAAGAUGUGGCUUAGACUAAACAAAUUAUACAGAAACAAAAAAAGAUUUUAUUCCGCAUGAAAAGAAUAUAACUGGUAUAAAAUCAUUUAAAUAAUCAGGGAAAAAAGUUUUAUUUUCGAAUGCAAAGGAGUUUAAUUUGCAUUCGAAAUGCCAAUAAUAGAAUACUAAAUUACAGAUAUUUGGGGAUUGCAGAUGCAUCUUUGCACUUUUUUUUCUCCACUCUUCUUCUUCGUCCAUUCUCCCGUCUACUUUGAUUAUAUAAACAUCGAAUCUAAUUUUCGAAAAUAUAUUGUACUAUUUUUAUAUAACAUUAGAACGCGAUACAUUCAUGUUAAAUUAAUUAGUCCUAAUUAAAUCAAUUAUCCAUAUAUUCUUUAUAUAUGUCUCGAAUUUUUCUCAGGUAUGAAGAGGCUUGAGUACCAAGGAUGCAUUUAUCGUUAAUUUUAAGAUUAGUGCAUAAUUUCGUAAAUAUUUUAUACUAUUUUUUAUUACGC